UGCAGGGGGCGGCUGCUGGAUGCUGACAGUUUAGCCGCAGUGAAGCGAGCCGCUCGGCUUCAGACGCAUAACUGAACGGGCUUUGACCAGAAGGAGGAUGGACGAGGGCAUCGAGCUGUCUCUGACCAUCGCUCAGAUCAUCCAGCGGCUCAGAGGAAGCCAUUUACACUCUCAGAUAGAGAGGCAAGCCAAAGAGUGUUUACACCAGCCUGACGUAAAACUGGAGUCUCUGAAAGAGGACGUCCGCAGUUUUCUCAAAACAUCAGGCUGGGAAAGAAAGCUGCAGAAUGCAGUGUACAGAGAGCUGCACAUCCAGCUGCCCCCGAGGCAUCCCCCGGCUCCCCCGGAGCAUCUCAAAGAGCCGCUGGCCUACAUGCGCAAGGCACAGGCCAGCUGGGAGAAGCGUGUCCUCAAAAGCCUGAACAGCAUGAGCACAGAGCUUGGAGUGCCUCUGGCUCACAUGAGGCCCGCGGCGGAGCAGAAGGAGCUCACCAACAAAUGGAACGAGAUGGGCACAGAUGAACCAGAUUUGAGUCGCUUCAGGCCUGUCUAUGCUCCGAAAGACUUUCUGGAAGUCCUAAUCGGUUUGCGGAACCCCAACCACGAUAGCAGCGAGGACAUCAGCGCCAGGAGUCACUGGGGACUCAUCCAGGUUCCUCUCAAUGUCAGGGACAUCCCACACCUGAGAGAGGCCUACUCAGAGCUGAACCUGACCAGUGGACAGAUGGGGAUUGAUGACCACGCACUCAUCCAUCCAGACUUGUUUGAAAACGAGUAUGUGCAAAUCGGAAAAAAAGUGGUUAUGGAGGAGGAUAGUGCAGCAGCACAGCAGUACAGCAGGCAGGGCUGCCCCACCGGGCUCCGGGCAGACCUGUGGGCCCUCAUCCUUAACGCCACGAACCAGCCACAGGAUGUGAUGCAUUAUGAACAGUUGAAGGCAGGAGUCAUACAGCAUAACCUGCUGGUGGACAACCUUAUCUAUAAGGAUGUGAAGCUCACCGCCAGUAAUGACGACUACUACUUUGUGUUUGAAGAUUUCCUCUAUCAGGUGUUGUUGUGUUUCUCCCGUGACACGGCUGUCCUGGAGCACUUCAAAUACAACAGUGCCACACCUCCCAAGUCAUACAUCCAAGGGAAAGUGGGAGAUGAGGAGUGUGCUGUUGUUUAUCCUCCCAAUGGUGUGAUUCCUUUUCAUGGCUUUUCAAUGUAUGUUGCGCCUUUGUGUUUCUUGUACAAUGAGCCUUCCAAACUGUACAACGUAUUCAGGGAAAUGUACAUCCGAUACUUCUUCAGACUGCACUCCAUUUCCUCCCACCCCUCGGGUAUACUGUCUUUGUGCCUGCAGUUCGAGCGGCUGCUUCAGACCCACCUGCCGCAGCUCUUCUACCACCUGCGACAGAUUGGGGUGCAGCCGUUGCGUCUAGCCUUUAAGUGGAUGGUACGGGCCUUUUCUGGCUACCUUUCCACCGAUCAGCUGCUUCUUCUUUGGGAUCGAAUCCUUGGAUAUGAUUCACUGGAGGUAGUUGCAGUUCUAGCAGCUGCUGUGUUUGCCUUCCGGGCCGAGAACCUGAUGGAAGUGACGUCGCUGGCUUCAGCCGAGGCUGUCCUCGCUGACCUUUCAACUCUGAAGGUCAUGCCGCUCAUCCAGGUCUUUCUGUUUGCCACCACCAUGUGAGGAACGCUGACACGGCAGCACGGGCCGUGUUACGCGCAUUCCAUCGCCGGGAGGGAUAAAAUGCCACUUAGCUACUACGCCACACCCGCACCGACAUGAUUAACGGUCCGAUUAACAGAUGGUUCAAUUCCACACCGCAUCUCGCACCGCAUCCCAAGGAGAAAGUCGAAGCCACCUUUAGCACAUAUGCACCGUAAACUGUAAAUAUCGUGUUAUGAGAUGCUGUACAGUAUAUAAGCAUAGACUACAAACUAGUAAAAGGCUAAGCUGGCCUCCUUAAGCCAUAUGCUCUGCAGGGAAGAAGACACACACGCACACACUCGCAGGCAGCAGCGGUUGGAUCAGCUCAUUAGUAGACGUGUUGCACGAAGCAGCGAUUGUAUUGCGAGAGAGAAUAACAGUAACGUCUCCAAGCUUGGCUAAUGAAACGUUAAUUAGCGCAUGCAAUUUAUUCCGCUCUGUGGCUCCUGCUUGUUACGACGCUAUUAAAUAAUGCCGAUGCAGAUGAACGAGGAGACCGGGACGCCCCCAGUCUGCACCAGCAUGUUGAAAGAAAGCCACAAACUGAAUUACGCUGUUGCUCAUAUAUACAGUAAUUAGAAGCUGCUGCGUACGUACAUGGUUUAUUGUAUAAGGAAGGAAAUGUCUUCAAGCAACUUAAAGAAGUCCAGACGCUUUUCUUUGCAAACUCCUUUGACUACGAUGACCUGGAUGACUGAGAACCUUCACAGACAAGGAAGGAAAUGCAAAUCACUGCACCCUUAAGAGACGUUUAGCGCCUUCAGUGCCAGUAUUUAAUUUACACCAUUGUCUGUGUUUUAUUAUUGUAUUUAAAUUUUAAAUAAUGUAUUUAAUUCCUGAAUGUAUUCAAUUAUUUAUGCAGUUUUUUUUUUAAUUCAGUCAAAUCCAUUUUUGUCUGUACUUGGGUCAAAGUAUUCUCUGCCAGUCAGUGUCAAGAUCGUGUUUUUGGUGUUUUUUCUGCACCAGUUUUCAAAUAAAAUCUAAUU